CAGGAAGGAGCCGUGGCUGAGGCUGUCGGAGCUGAAGAUUGUCUCAUGUCUCUUACGCUUGGCGUUUCGCUCUUUCUCUACCGUUUCAUCUCUUCCAGGAACGGAGCGCGCUGCUUCGGAAAUGGUAUGACCUGAUGAUGCAACACAAGGACGACCUGGCCAGGAUCAUCACAGCCGAGAGCGGGAAGCCGCUGAAGGAGGCGCAGGGGGAGGUUCUGUACUCCGCCCAGUUCCUGGAGUGGUUUUCGGAGGAAGCGCGCCGCAUCUACGGGGACAUCAUCAGCACCGCCUCCCGGGAGAAGCGGGCCCUGGUGCUCAAGCAGCCGGUCGGAGUGGCCGCCGUCAUCACCCCGUGGAACUUCCCCAGCGCCAUGAUCACCCGCAAGGUGGGGGCCGCCCUGGCCGCCGGCUGCACCGUCGUGGUCAAACCUGCCGAAGACACGCCCUUCUCAGCCCUGGCGCUGGCCGAGCUCGCCAACCAGGCUGGGAUCCCCCCCGGGGCCUACAACGUGGUGCCCUGCUCCCGGAGGCGGGCCCAGGAGGUGGGGGAGGCGCUUUGCACCGACCCCCUCGUGUCCAAGAUCUCCUUCACCGGCUCCACGGCCACCGGGAAGGCGCUGCUGCACCAUGCGGCCAACUCCGUGAAGAGGGUGUCCAUGGAGCUGGGCGGCCUCGCCCCGUUCAUCGUGUUUGACAGCGCCAACGUGGACCAGGCCGUGGCGGGGGCCAUGGCCUCGAAAUUCAGGAACUCGGGACAGACCUGUGUGUGCUCCAACCGGUUCCUGGUGCAGAGUGGGAUCCACGACGCCUUCGUGAGCAAGCUGGCGGAGGCGAUGCGGGCCAGCCUGCGCGUGGGGAACGGGUUUGAGGAGGGGACGACUCAAGGCCCGCUGAUCAACGAGAAGGCGGUGGAAAAGGUGGAGACGCACGUGAGCGACGCGCUGGCCAAAGGUGCCACCCUCGUGACCGGCGGGAAGCGGCACCAACUUGGGAACAACUUCUUUGAGCCCACGCUGCUCAGCAACGUCACGCGGGACAUGCUCUGCGCGCGGGAGGAGACCUUCGGGCCCCUGGCCCCGGUCAUCAAGUUCCACACGGAGGAGGAGGCGCUGGCGAUCGCGAACGCGGCCGACGUGGGGUUAGCAGGCUACUUCUACUCGCAGGACCCCGCCCAGAUCUGGCGGGUGGCGGAGCGGCUGGAGGUGGGCAUGGUGGGCGUCAACGAAGGGCUGCUCUCGGCCGUGGAGUGCCCGUUCGGCGGCGUGAAGCAGUCGGGCCUCGGGCGCGAGGGCUCCAAGUACGGCAUCGACGAGUACCUGGAGGUCAAGUACGUGUGCCUCGGCGGCUUGUAGGGUCCGUGUGCUGUAGGAAAUAAAGGAGCUCGCCUGCGCCUGGCACACGCCACCUGCAGAUGCACCCACGGGCGUCUGAAGUACA